AUGGCUUCUUCUGGUGUAAUCUUGAUCUUUUCCAUUUCCAUGGUUUUGCUUUCCUCAGUUGCAAUAGCUACUGAUCAUAUUGUUGGUGAUGAUAAGGGUUGGACUGUUGAUUUCAAUUAUACUCAAUGGGCUCAAAACAUUGUUUUUCGUGUUGGUGACAAUCUUGUUUUCAACUAUAACCCUUCUUUCCACAAUGUUUUCAAAGUGAAUGGUACACUCUUUCAAAACUGUACUUUUCCGCCUGAAAAUGAAGCACUUUCUACUGGAAAAGAUAUCAUUCCAUUGAAAACUGAAGGGAGAAAAUGGUAUGUUUGUGGAAAAGGUGAUCAUUGUGUUGCUCGUCAAAUGAAGUUUGUUAUCACUGUUCUAUCAGAAGGUGCACCUGCUCCGUCUUCUCCUCCACCGUCUUCUACUGGUCACUAUGUCGUAUCAUCUGUGUUUAGAGUUGUCAUGACAGUCGUGGUUGCCAUUGCAACCGUCUUUGUAUGA